AUGAAUGGAUUAUUUAAGAUUCAUCAAGAAGAUAAAGUAAACGAAGAGAAAGGGAGUUCAUUAUAUGAAUGUUCUGCCGGAGGAAGGUUUUGGUAUCAUUCAAUAGAAGAAGGUAAUUAUCUGGGUAAUCAGAGUACCGUCGAGCAUAGAUUAUUCCUAAAGUUCCAAAAAAUCAAAAUAAAUGUUGAUAAAGAAUUGGGUCUCCUCCUCCGGCAGGAUCAAAAAAAGAAGUAUUUAAAUUACGGUCUGUUAAAAGUAUAG